AUGAACCGCCUGGCUUUUACUGAAGUAGACGAGGUCAAUCAUCCUCUAGCGACAUAUAUUUAUUCCGAGCCCUCGGCUCCUCGCACGUCUUCCUCCAACAAAGAUGAAGCCGGCAGGGGACGUAUUGAUGUGAUGCAUCCUUCUUCGACCGUUCCAUCGUUAUGGUCUAUAACGUCACUUCGGGAUCUUCUCAUCGAUGUUUUCCUCCCCGCUGGAUACCCUCAUAGUGUCAGCGAUGAUUAUACCUCCUUAUACCUCGUUUUCAAGGACUCCCUUCAAGCUUUCAGCAGUUCUAUCGCAGGCCUCCUUUCCUCAAGAGCAGUAUUGCAAGGAGUUGGAGUGGGCAAUGCCGAUGCCUCCCCAACAUCUGCUCUUCUCCUGCAUAUCCUCCAGGAUUCGUCAGGCCGAGUCGCGACAAUCCUUUUCGCACAUCGUGUUGGUACAGCUCUCGAGCCGGAAUGCAAAAUGUACCGGCUAGCAGCCGACGUAUUCAACGACGUCGCAAUGGUGCUAGAUUGUCUCUCGCCGAUGAUCCCUGCAGGAGUUGGCCGAGUCACCGUUCUCAGCACGGCGGGCGUUCUUCGAGCCCUGUGUGGAGUUUCCGGGGGAAGUUCUAAAGCAAGCCUGAGCGCGCAUUUCUCUAAAUGGGGUAAUCUCGCUGAAGUCAAUGCAAAAGACUCCUCGCAAGAAACCAUAAUCUCCCUGAUCGGAAUGCUUGUGGGAUCUUUUGUGGUUUCCCGCGUGACAAGUUACACCGCGACCUGGAUCGCUUUGGUUAUGCUUCUUACGCUUCACUUGAGCCUUAACUAUGCCGCGGUGCGUUCAGUGCAAAUGACCAGCCUCAACAGACAACGAACGAAUAUCGUUUUUUCAACAUUGUUUGAGUCGGAUCCGGAUUUCAAUACCAAGGGCUUCGGUAGCAGUAACCAGGUAAAAGAGAGGGAACAAGACAUGGGUUCUGAUCAAACCAAAUGGUGCAUCCUGUCUCCUGCUGAAGUGGCCAGACAAGAACGGAUCUUUGAGACAAAUGGAAUUCUCAGAUGGGGCUCGGUUACAUCUUCGUCUGAGACGGCUAGGAUAGGUUUCUGCCGUAUUGGAAUAUCCGUCCAACAAUUUCUGGAAUCCUCGUCCUCGUACGCAUCCUCUGGAUCAUUGAAAACCCACCUUCCAGUCCCUCGGCUUUCUUCCCUCUUCAAGGAAGAAUCUUACAUACUCGCACUCCACUGCAUCAACCAAACAUGGUACGCAGAUAUUCUCCUGAAAAAUACUAGCGAUACCCAGACACAGCUCAAGGCCUGGGCACAUGCUCUACUUGCAGGGCGGGUAUUGCCUAAGUCGCUGAAUGGGGACCCUACGGUUGAUAUUGACCGUAUCCUCAAUAUCAUAUCGACAACAUUGAGAUUUCUUAACGAGGGUAAUCGAUUCGAUCGGUAUCUUCUAGCUUUGACACAUGCGGGAUGGGAUGUGAGCCUCGGCGCCUUGGAGACAAAGUCAGGGCGGAGGUUCAUAAGUGAGGAAUAA